AUGGCUGCUCCACGGCCUGUCCCCGUAGAUCUAGACCGUUUCGAUUUUCGUUUCAAAUACUCAGAUUCGAAUAUAGAUUCAAUUCCUAUAGUCAGAUUUCUCUACGAUAUUCCCGAGGUUCGAAGUGCUCCCCACCGACUUCCUGAACACUAUGACUAUAGAGCUUGGAGAGUGCACCUGGAAGAGAGAUACGGUAUUCAGCAAAGCACGCAACUCCUUAUAACUGCUAGCAGAUUUGUGGCAGCAGACGUCGCAGAUAUUUUUUAUGAUCUUCUUGGGGAUAUUCAAUCAGGCCAUGCGGCAAUGUCAGAAGAUGGGGGACGGUGGCAUAAGACGAUAGCUUUCAACGGGCCACCACCCCAACCCAGGGAAAGGGGACCUAGAAGACCUAGAAACCGUGGAGAGCCCGAUCCACCACAGCCAGGCGCCGCAAGCGCGGAACCAUCAGAAUCAAGUUCCGAUGGUUCGGCUAUUUCAAAGGUCAAAAGUCUUGUAAGUUCUGCAGGUUCAAGUGUCAAAUCUGGACUUUCCAAUACCAGUUCAAUGAUAGGCAGCCUUUUUGGAUCACAAAGUUCGUCCUCAGGAGAUGACGACGACGAAGAAGGAGAGAGCGAUAUCAGGGAUGAAAUAAUGGACGAUAUCCCGGAAGAGGGUGGUGACCCAAUCUUUGACCGCGCUGGCGUAAGCAUGAACAUCAACGAUAACACCUGGGCUCAGGUAUGUAGAUUCUUCAACUGCGACAUCGGGGCUAAACAAGUUACAAUACCAGGACUCCACCUGAGUCCGAAAGAUUAUCAGAUGUAUGCGAUCUACUUCCUUCUGCAUCAGCCUCUGGGCGGCAACCACGCCGCCAUCAUUGCCGACGAUAUUGGUUUCGCUAAGACGGGAAUAACGCUAGUUACAAUCUUCCUUUAUUCCCGUAUACAGUUGGUCGCGGCUGAAAUGGAGUAUGAGCGGCGCCAUCGCAUCAGUGAUGGUAAACGAAGACACCUACGACAUCCCAAGAAAGGCGGGGUAUGCCCAAGCCAAGACCGACUUGGCUUUCGAUGCCCAUGUUCCGAUCCGGGCGGACUUGCUAGUCGAAUAGCCAGACAUUUUGAUCCGAAUCCCUGUAUCAUCGUCUGCUCCCCAAAUCUUAUUCAGCAAUGGGAAGCCGAAGCUGCCAAGUGGUAUGAUUUUAAUGUCCCGGACGACGAAGUUAUACAUAUCUAUAUUGCAUUCAUCAUUUUCGAAAACACCACACCGUUACCACAACACAGCGGCGACAGACCGAACGAUCGCCGACAUAGAGAUUGUACCAUUUAACGAUAUAGUAGACCGAGAUGCGUAUGACGCAGAUACAAUAUAUGAACACGAGGGCGACUUAAAUAAUAACGCGUACGGACGACGGAAGAUUCUCCGCUCCAAGAGAAAGUAUCCACCCUUGCGAUCUAAUAAUAUCAUUAUUACCAGCAACUACCUCGUACAUACUCCAGAUGGACAUUACAGUAGAGGUGAAGGAAAUGAGCGUUUUUGCCGGCUAGCCGCUAGUUAUUUCUUCAUGGAUGAAGUUCAUGACUACAAAGGAUCAAGGAACAAGCGUACGCGGCCGUUUACAAUGCUCCAAACAAUCAGUGCCAAUACCAAAACUCCUACGAUUGCAGUGGGCCUCGGCUUCUAUGCUAGGAGGAGGUCCAAGUUCUUGGAGACCGUUUUUCCAGCACAUAUUUGAUUCUGCGGAAGCUCGCUCUACGGCAAGACAGCCAGUGGUCCCCCCUUUGGCGAAUACGCUUAACAGCAUGGAUGAUCUUGACCAGUGGGAGGCCGCUUGGACUUAUCUCACUACCAGGUUAAGCAAUUUGGACGAAGAUAACA